AUGCGUGUCACCGCAGCAACUAACCCAGUUAUUCUUUAAACGUUUUCCGUCGCAUAGCGUCUCGCCUUUUAAAUUGUUGGUUCGUUUGACACGUGCAGUUCGCGUUUACUGCAGUCUGAAGUAACUAAUACGGCAGGAAAAUUAAAAUGGACAGCCGACUUGAACAAUGGAAACAAAAUUAUUGCGUCACUUGUUAUGUCUUUCAUAACUCCGUAGGCGUCGUGCCCUUCUGCCUGUUUUUUUCUUCAGCUAUUCCUUACAUUCUGCGACAGAGUUCACACGCACACACACUCACACAAAGAACAUGAUUGCGUCAGACGUUUAAGUUAUUUCCGUGCCUGAGAAUAAUCAAACUCGCGCUAGAGCAAAAGUCAAGCUCAAACCACGAAUGGUCAAAUGCAUGCUAAACAUAAAAUGUACUAAUGUUUAUUUAAUGCCAGGGGAAAGACCGCAACCGUCUGGAUAUACGUUACUCUCCGGCGCACUGCGCGUCAAUGUGUUCCAGCUUGUAUCGGGAUCACUGGGCGUGCAACAGGGAGCCGAACACUGACGUUUCUUCACGGAGAGAAAGGACGGGGUCUAUUCUUACAGACUUCACACCUUAACAAGGCUGCGUAGUUACGACCCGCAGUACCACGCAGAACUUUGAAAGCCAGGCUACCAUUUUCAGCAUGUUACACAUCUGGCAUUCUGAGUCCAAGGCCAUCGGCACCAGUUUGAUAUAAUUGCAGAAAUCUAAUCUUGGAAAUAGAUCGACUAUUCUACGCUGAUGUGAGAUUUCCGUCCUGUGGAAUGAUGCGGACUCUUCGGGAAUUCAUUGGAUUUGUUUUCUGUUCCAGUUUCUACGUCCAGCUUGGGUACUCUUUCCAAGGAAGGUUCACGGAACAGCCGUCGAAUAUAACGGCGAAAGAAGGACAGAAUAUUGAGAUGGCUUGCGCUUUUCAAAGUGUAAUGCCUUCUGUAUACCUGGAAAUCCAGUGGUGGUUCUUAAGAAUACCCGAAGAACGCGACUACGAGGAAAACACCGACUCACAAGUACUGGUGGACAUAACAACCGAGAGUGAACCAGAUAAUGAGGGAAUUAAAAUAAGUACCGUGCGGGUGCAGGGGAACGACAUCUCGCACAGAUUGCACAUAUCCAAGGUGGGCAAGACCGACGAGGGCCUGUACGAGUGCCUGGUGACCAACGCCAACUACGGCGAGCUGCUGGAGUACAAGGCCCUGGCCUACCUCCGGGUGCUCGGCCCCGCCCGGCCCAAAAAGACGUCCCCGCUGCACCUGACCGACAAGAAGCCCCGGAGAAACGGCCCGGGCGCCGGCCGGGACGGCAGGAGCAGCUCCGACCCCCGCCGGGGGAGCCCUACCUCAAACCCACAGACCACCGCCUCCACAGCGCUGAGACACAGCACCACGUCAGGUACGAAGGUAACCACCAGCUAUGGAUUGUCUGUCCUCCUCCUUGCGUAUGGAACAGUGAAAGGGACUUUUCUAUAGUUUGCGUUGACUUCACUGAAUCGCUCUCUCCUCCUCGAUCGAAGGGAAAGAGAGGAAACGUGAGCUAAUCCCGCGGCCAGGACUGUCGGGGUGGUCUUCUGCCCUCUCCUCAUCCUAAAUCACCUUCACGAAGAACCGUUCUCCAGGACCGGAUAUACGGAGGAGCGACCAUUCACACUAAAUCUGCCACCGACUCCAGGAAAUGCAGUGUGGCUGUCACUGAAUAUGUUGGGUUUUUUUUUUUUUCUCCCAAAAAAAAACUUUUGAAAACUUUUUGUGUCAUAAAUGUGAAGGUGUGUCAUUAAAAACCGAUUAUUAUAUAUGCAUAUAUUUAAAUAUAGGCAUAUCCGAGAUCUGAGAUCGUUUGUACAAUGUAAUCAGUAAUCACAAAUUCUGAUCUAUGUUACUGCCGAUGUAUUCUACGGUCAUUGCUUGAACCACAUAUAUUUUGCUUGAGUGCAUACUUGCCAAAAUAAAUGUAAACUAAUUAUGUUUUUUUUUGUUUUUUUGUUUUUUUUUAAAGAGUAAUUUCUCUCCAUUUGUACAAAUAUUACUUAGUUAUAUACGUUGAUAUUAAAAAUCCUGAGUACAAGAAAUAUUUUGGAUAACAGAACCAUCAAGAAAAUCAAAAACCUUGCAAAAGUACUCAGAGCAGAGUUUUCAUUCGUUGAUCAUACACGUGUCCUCUCUUUUACCUUCACCCAUUGGUCUCGAUAUGUUGUCACUUAUUUUGCUUGAUUAACAAGCAUGCCGGUUUUUUGAAUAGUACAUUUCCGAGUAAUUCCAAAGUUUUUAUCUUUGCUGUGUCGCAUAUCGUGUUAUCUUUCCUCAUGUCUUGUCAGAGGUGUAAAUAAAGUGAAGCAAACAAA